UAGGGGGCCCAGAGUGGAAGCGUAGCGAGGACCCCUCUGCCGGGCUCCUGCAACCCCUCCUCGCCCAGCCACCGGCGGGCUGCAUGGUACUCUCUCCUAGGCCGACCCCGCAGCGCGGUGGUCCCAGGGACGUUGGACUUUGGUCUGGACCUUUCCUUUCUUAGCCUCACUUUCCGCAUUAGGAAAAAAAAGUCCGAAUGAUAAUGAUUCUUAUAGGAGUUCUUGAUUAAGAUAGGCCAAGCGGUACCCUGCGUUUUUGUUUGCGGCAACUCAUUCGUUGCUCAUUAAGCACUUUUCACGGACAGGAAUACAGUAGGUUUCAAUCAAAGUUAAAUAAUUGUGAAUUUUUACUGACAUAUUCACGGAUGAAGUGAUAGGAUGCCCGGGGAUGUUUCAAAAUAAACCAGUUGGACAGAGGUGUGAGUGGAAAGAGAAAUGAAACAAGAUUGGCCAUGAGUUGAUGGGAUUGAAGUUGAUGGAUGUACUAUUUUGUCUACUUUGGUAUAUGUUUGUAAUUUAGCAUAACGAGUUUUGUGAAACAAAAAGUUUGCUGUGGACACCUGACAGCCUGUGCUCAAAUACUAUGCCUGUGUUAGUCUGCUAGAGCUGCCAUGCCGAAGUACCAGAGACUGGGUGGCCCAACCAGCAGAAAUUUGUCCUCUGGGAGUUGUGGAGGCUGGAAGUUCAAGACCAAGGUGUUAACAGGAUUGUCCACGGUGACUAUACUCAUGGCAGGUCCCCUGUGGCGGACCGCAGCAUUUGUGCAGAGACACAGGACAGGCCUCUUGGUGGGUUCCUGUGCAGGCCUGUUUGGAGUUCCAAUCUCGUACCACCUCUUCCCGGAUCCCGUGGUCCAAUGGCUCUACCAGUACUGGCCUCAGGGCCAGCCAGCUCCGCUCCCUCCACAGCUGCAGAGCCUCUUCCAAGAGGUGCUACAGGACAUAGGUGUUCCUUCAGGCCAUUGCUACAAGCCCUUCACCACCUUCACCUUCCAGCCUGUGAGUGCAGGCUUCCCAAGACUCCCUGCUGGGGCUGUGGUGGGCAUCCCUGCCAGUUUCUUAGGGGACCUAGUGAUCAACACUAACCAUCCCGUGGUCAUACAUGGGCAUACAGUGGACUGGCGGAGCCCAGCAGGCGCCCGGCUGAGAGCUUCCCUGACCCUGUCCCGUGAAGCCCAGAAGUUCGCCUUGGCCAGGGAAGUGGUGUACCUGGAAAGCAGCACCACUGCCCUGCAGGCCCUGCUGGCCCCAGCUUGCCUGGCAGGGACCUGGGCACUGGGUGUGGGUGCCAAGUAUACCCUGGGGCUCCAUGCAGGCCCCAUGAAUUUACGGGCUGCCUUCAGCUUGGUGGCAGCAGUGGCAGGCUUUGUGGCCUACGCCUUCUCCCAGGAUUCUCUCACUCAUGCCGUGGAGUCCUGGCUGGACCGCCGCACGGCCUCCCUCUCUGCAGCCUAUGCCUGUGGUGGAGUGGAGUUCUAUGAGAAGCUUCUGUCGGGCAACGUGGCCCUGCGCAGUCUCUUGGGCAAAGAGGGGGAGAAGCUGUAUACACCCAGCGGGAACAUCGUCCCCAGACACUUGUUCCGAAUCAAACAUUUACCCUACACCACCCGCCGGGACUCUGUGCUGCAGAUGUGGAGGGUGAUGCUCAACCCGGGCCGCUCCUGAUGGGCUCAUCACAAGGACACUUCCAGCUUGUGCAGACACCACCCUGCCAUUGAGUCUGGAGGGCCCUGUUGGAGCCUUUGGACCUAUAGCUCAAGGCCAGAAAAAUCAUUGGCUUUGGAAUUAAAUAGCUUAGAUUGUACUAUAACCACUACUUAUGAACUCAGGGACUAUGAAUCUGAGCCUUUGUUUCUUGAACUGUAAAGUGGAGAUGAUGUAAAGUACCUUGCAAGAUUGUAGAGUUGGGUAAGGUCAUGAACAUAAGGGCCUGGCGCAAAGGGUGCGCUGUAAAUAAACAGACAUCCCUA